GUAAUUUGGUAUGUAAAAGCCUUUGGCAAGUGAGUAGUGCAGGGAAGAUGGUGGAAAGAUUCUUUCCCCUCCCUGAUCCAAAUAACGAUCGGAGCUGCCGGGACCGCAGCGACUCUGUCAUUCUUCUUUCCGGCCCUCCUUCCUCGUACCGCCCAAUUUCUCAUUGUUUCUGUCCAAAGAUAUUACCUGUCUGCAACAUAGCUUGAUCUUCGAUCUCAAAUCUGACUUUGUUUUACGCAGAGGAAAAACCUCUUUGCUGUUCCAAUAUGCAUUGAACGCCGCCAUGGGCAGCGUCUCCGCCGUGGUGUUCAUUUCCAACCGUCAGAAAUUAGAAGCAAAACCCCCAUUUCUCUCUCAGUGCGUCGAACCUUCUUCCGACAUUUUUCAGCGUAUUCACAUGAAGUAUAUAGAUGAUGAAGAAGGGAUUAAGAAAUACUUCGCUGCAUUCCAUGUUCAUGAUGAAAUCCCUGUUUCAGUUAUUAUUGAUGAUUUUGCUGAUUUCUUUGAUGAUAGAAAUUGCCAACAAAGGUACAAUAACGCUAGAGGAAAGGACUUGGCAAUGGUUCGAACUUUGGCGUUGUGUCGAAAUGCCAUUGAUUCAGCCAAGUUAGCAAACUGCUCAAUUUAUUUUAUGAUGCCAGUUUAAAAUUGUCCCCCUUUGAUGGUUUUAUGUUUGGAUAUAAGAAACAGAGAAUCAGGACAGUGCCAACUUCUUCUCUCUGAUACUCAUCAUGGUGACUCCCCAAGGUUGCUUUACAUAUAUAAGAGAUGGGUCUCCUCCAUUUACACUAUUAGAGGGGAUGGAUUUGGGUCAUUUUUUCUUAGGAGGAGCUACAAAUUUGGCAUUGACAAAUCAAGUGGAUCAAAAACAGCAAAAUAUUCAGUAUCUCUUCAGUAUUUGCUACUGGAAGGUAUUUCUGAAGAUGCAGAAGAAUGAAACUAAAAAAAAAGUUGUGUUGCUACAAAUUUUAUUCGUGUAUUCUUGUAGAUGUCUUAUUAUGUGGUCUGAGAUGCAAGACAAUGAUAGUUUUGUCAUCUAAUACUUUUUGACAUGUGUACAACUUAAAAUCAUGUUUUAAAAUACCUCAUUCUAUGAUCAUGUUUGUCGUACUCUCUUAUGGGCCUUAUGGCCAUUUAGUUUUCUUUUUCUUUCAAAAAUAUAAUUUAGGGUGUUUUAGCUCAUUGGAGCUGAUUCUAAUGUUUCAACUUUCAAGUAUGAUGUGUAUAUAUGUCAAAAUUGUGGAAGUAAUUAUUUCGUCCUGAAA